UGUUUGGACAACACUCUCAGACAUUGGGUUUGGAUUUGGGGUGGUCCUAUGUGGAGCCAGGAGUUGGACUCAGUUAUCCCUUUGGGUGCUCUCCAAUCAGGAUGUUCUAUUCUGUGUUCUUGCUGGAUGUCAGAGGAGGGUUAAAGAUGUAGGAAGCAGACAAGGAAAGCUGUGCAUUUGCAGUAAGCACAAGGUGACAGUGCUGCACAUCUCCCUUCCCAGUGGAGAACAGCUUCAAUGAGACCAACCAGACAAAAAUAAAUCCCCCAAGAUAAACUCAGUGCCACUCUGCAGCAACAGUGCAGCAUGGUCAGAGAUGCGGUGAGCAGUGGUGGAGACUUCCAUACAGCUGGGUUGCGACAGGGGCCUUUUGUGUGACUGGGAUUUCCCUUAACCCCCUCCCGUAUGAGGUCUCUGCCAGGGCUCGUCACCUCCUCCUGAAGCUGCCGCUUUGUGCCGUGGCUGUGUUUGCAGAUCCCCUUCUGCUCGGCUGCACACAGCAUGCUGCACAGCUUCUGGGCAACCCAGCUGUCCUCCUGUCCUGCUUGUGCGUGGUUUUAUUGCUUUCUCAACCCAGUGCAUUUAAUGGCAAGUCUUCAGAGCCAGAUAAUCAAAGCCAAAUCCAGUAAGUUUAGCUGGUGAAGUACACAGUACAAUCCCUGUGUUCCUGUUUCUGACAUCGCCCUUCUGCAACGCAUCUCCCAACCCAUGCAUUCUGCUUUCAUCAAUGGACAGCAGUAGAAUUGAAAAUGUUGUUUCUCCUGAAAGCCCCACUGUGCUCCAUGGUGCAUCAGUAGCACGAUGCUCAGGUGUAGUGUUCUCUUCUAUGUCUACCUGAAGCACACACCUUCAGAUGCAGUGAUGGUGACUCAGUGGGAUCUAAUUGUGCUUUCCUUUUGAGAUAUCACCUCACAUAUCUGAGCAAAGGAACAGGCUGUCCUGUUUGCCUCAGUGAGGGUGAGGGCAGUGAGGGUGAGGGCAGUGUGGGUGGGACACCUCCAUGUGUCCUGGAGUUGUAGUGGGCACCAACACCACUUGCUCUGUGCUCUCUGUGGGGCAGAAGUACCCUCAGCUCUUUGCCUUCAUUGGGCUAAAGGGACUGAGCAAAACAUCUGAGUGAAUGAGUGGAAAUUUGUUAGCUUUAACCUUCGAGCAGAUUUGCCUGCAAGGCAAAUCACAGACAGUAACACUUGGUGCUGCUUGUUGUUCCUGAGCCACCAAUUGUAAAGCAUCUAGCUUAUUGCUCUAAAUUACUAUUUUUAUCAUAGUAUAAAUGGUUAGUGGAGCAUCCUGAGGAGUCUGUGUUGACUCAUGGGGACAGCAAUAUUUAGCACACAAUUUUUUUUCUUUCCUUUUUUUUUUUUUUUACCUUCAAAGCAGUUUACAGCUGGUAAUCCUCCUAACUCUGUUUUGAGGAAGGAAACAGUGUAAACUCUUUGUGCAGGGAUUGCUGCUUGUUUGUUUUUGUAGUGCUCAAACUGGAAUUGUGGAAAAACUGUUGGUCUGGGAAAACAGUCUCACUAUAAAAAUCCUACAUCAUAUCAUACAGGGAAGUCUUUCUACAAGAAUAGCUCAAAAAUGCUGGAGAAAGUAUUGGGAUUAGGAUACUCCCAGUGCUAACAGUUAAAUAAUAUUCAGUCUUUCUCAAGUUUAUGAAAAGCAGUUUUAUCUGCCUCGAGAGGUUUUCUUUUGUUGUUUAAAGUUCCAUAAAUCUACAUGGGAGAUCUUAAAAUUGGAUGAGGACUGUGUGACUAACUGAGACAUUUCUGAGUUAAGUUGUAACACGAAGCAUAAGAAAAUAGAGGCUCUCUUGGCUGGUUGCAUUAGUAGGAUAUAUCUGAACCAGUGUGUUGCAUGUCAUUAAACAUAUGGUGAAUCACAUCUGACACACGUGCCAAGAGGAGUCUGAGAUAAUGGGACCAAAAUGUCAUUCAGUAACAGUAUUCACAUAACGGAGUAAUUUCCUGGAAUAUAAUCUACAGGGAUUGUGAAAUUAAAUUUGAAAAAAAAAAAAAGUAUCCUCCUUUCUGUCUUGCCCUUUGCAAAGUAAAACCAUCAGAAAUUGUUAACUCCUUAUUUGUUCUUGCUACAAUUUAUGGCUUCCUAUGAUCAAUUUGAUUAAAUGCAUUUGCGUGUUCCCACGUUUUGUGUGCAGUUGAGUGUACAGCAAAUCUAUGCCAGCGCAAACAGUGAUGUUCUCUGGGAAUCUUAUGCACCUUAAGAGAAAGUAUAGUCUCAUCUAAUUAUUGCUAACCUAUCCUAAGCCUGCAUUAACUAAAUUUAAGAGAUUACUGAGAUUGUAGUGUAGGGUUUUCUAAAAGCCAGACUCCAAAUCUGCUCAGUCUGUGCCUAAUCUGUGCUUCAAACCUUGACUUCUGCUCCUUGUGAACGUUCUUUAACUUCAUUAGUGUUAGGCAAGUGUCUGAAUUACUGGGAACUCGUACAGGCUCCAGUCUGUUUACACAGUCAUUAUUGGAUUAGAUUGGAAAAGCACUGUGGAACAUCAAAGAAAACAAUGUAGAUUCGUGGUCUUUCCUUUUUCAUAGUCUUUUUGGAAGAGGAUGCCUAAGGUGUCUUUUCAUCUUUGUAUAGAUACAGAUCACCAUUAAAAAUGGAGCACAGUGUUUUACCAUCACUGCCUUGGCCAAGCUGUUGAGCCUUGGGAGCAGAGGUGGGCAUGGGCAGCAGUGAGGGAGUGUGGUAGUUCCUGCUUGGGUUCAGGUGGAGAGCAGGGUGUAGGAGGCUGAGGACAAAGCCAUUCCUUAGUUAUUCUCCUGUUUCCUUCUGUCCAGGACUUUCGUCGCUGCCUCUUCCUUUCUCUUCUCCUUUCCCCCACCCAACCCUAAAAACAGCCAAGGUGUAACCCAACCCCUGCUGUUUUCAUCAUUACCCUUUUUUCCCCACUGGAAAGCCCUUUGCUAUCAUCCAUGCAGUGAUAUACAUGCACACACACAUAUAGAAUAGACUUUCAACCCCACGAAGAUCAAAUUUGUAUUGAAAUCAUAUAUGUAACAUCAUCAAAGCUCCGAUUUAAGCAGGCCAGAUGGAAAUGCCCUGCUGACCUAUUGCCCAUUAGAAAAACACAUCUGCAGCUACUUGUCAACGGGCUGCUUUCUUUUCCUUUCUUUCCUUUUCUUAUCAUUUCUUUGCUUUCUCUUCAUAAGAACUUCAGUGCCACAUUAAAGAGAUUACAGGUGCUUUUCAUCUUUACCUUUUUUUCCCCCAAUUUUACUUCUUCCCAGAAAGCCUUAGGGAUUUUUCUUGGUGGGUUUUUUUUUUUUUUUCAUUAUUAUUAUUCUAUUUUAAAGUGACUGAUUUACAGCUCUCCUACCUCGUGAGUAAAACUGACCCUCUACUGAACAUCUUCAGACACCCCUUCUUUGGAGUCAUUUGGGACUGGAAGCAGAGGGCUGGGUUCAAAGGUGCUUCUUUCCUGGCACUACUUACUCUCUACAAAAACAGUGAUGGCAUGUGCUGUUACUGUAUAAUUUGAUAUGCAUCAAGCAUGUGUGCACCUGCAUGUUGAAACAGGGUUGUCCAAGGAGGAAAGGCUUAUAUUUCACUAACACUACGCUGAUUUCUUACUUCAGAACUGGUAAAAAUCUCAGAUCAUUCUGUUGCUGUCUUCCCAUCCUAGUAUGCUAUUGGUGGAUUUCUGCCAUGUGUGGUUUUGGAUUUGGUUUUUAUGCGAGCAUCAGGCAGUGCUUUGGUUUCUCUGAACCACAGGGGCUUAGAUCCCAUCUCAGGCUCCUGUGCAUGGGUUAAAUGUCCGGAGGACAAGGCACAGGAUGGGUGGCAUUCCUGGGAUGUGGACAGGGAAGGAUGUCUUCUGUAACCCCACAGCUUGUGCCAUCCCAUUGUUCAGCUUUUGAAGCACUGAAAUGUAUCUUUGGGCAGUCUGGAAUGUGGCAUUUUUCUGUUCUUGCCAUCUGAUACCAACACGAAAUUGUCCAAUGAAGAAACUUGAAAUGCCACAGUAGCUGUCAUUCAUCCUUCCUAAAGGAUGAAUCCAACAGCACUGAUUUGCCUUGGUGGAAUCUAUGUUGGUCCAAAAAGACUGACUUCAGCAUUUAGGCUAAUUUAUUCUACAAAAGGUGUAAAAUCUGUCCUAUCCUUGUUUUGAAAGACUAAGAUCUAGAACUAAAAAGAAGGGAUGAGAAGAACACAGAGAGCCCUUUGUCCACUCAUCUUUCUAGACCUAAUGUUAAGACGCUUAACUCGUUCGUGCAACAAUAGUUAAGACAGAAGUCCUAUGGACAGAACCCUUGAACUUCUGGUUAAUGCCACCUUUCACUGUUAGGAAACAGGCUUGCUGUGCUUGAGCCUUUGCAAGUGGUAAAAGAGGCCACUGAGCAUUUAGACACUGGCUCCAUUCUGCAGAUUACUCAAGCCAGGGUGACCUGCUUCCUCUUGCCGGUCCUCUCCUAACCUGGCAUGGUUUUGAUGCAGCUUGUUGAUGUGUACUUCAGUAUUUGGAAGGGUUUGGGAACUGAUUUCAGCAGCCAGAUCCAAUGUCUCAGCAGUGUUGUGUGUAAUUGUGUUACGUUUCAUCAUACUCCCUUUAUUUUAGUAUGUUAUGAGAUGACUCAUAACAGUCUCUUUAAUUUAUUGAUGUGAGGCCACAGUGAUACCAGAGGAAUUGGAUGCAUCGUGUCAUAUUGGGCAUGAUUGCCUCCCAAGGCAGGAGCACCCUUCUUCCCCAGAGACUCGGGAGCAUUGCUGAAGGCCACAUAGAGCAGGAGCUAUGUGAGUAGUUUGCCCUGUUCCUUCUGCCCAAGCUUAUUCAACCCCUUCAUGUUUUGGUGGGAAUGAAGAAGACAAAAGGCAUUAGAAAGGAGGCAGGUCAGAGGAUGGUUUGGGUUGGAAGGGACUUUAAUGACCACCUAGUUCCCGCAGCUGAUGGCAGGGACUUCUUUCACCAGACCAGGUUGCUCAAGGCCACAUCCAGGCUGGUCUUGAACACUUUCCAGUGAUGGGGCAUCCACAACUUCUCUGGGCACUUUGUUCCAGUGACCCUUCCAUGAGAAAAAGAGAUCAUGAAAAGGAAUUUUGAUUGAGAUAAUGCUUUGAACACUCCUUGGAGUGUCAGACCCAACCCUAACCACUGGACCAUUGCUUCUUCUCUUCCCACCUUAUUUGGUUUUGGGGUUGGGUGAUUGCAGACAACAGCAUCAGCUCUUGCCUUUUUUUCAACUGUGGAACAUAGUUUUUCCUGAACCUCAGAAACUGUUGUGCAACUAAACUUUCACAUAAAGCCUCAGGAGAAAUAAAUCUAUAUGGCUCCAGCCUGGGUAAUCCAAGCAGUUAGGACAGUCUUGAAGGUGAUAAGAUGGAGAGAGAAUACUUUUGGGAGGGAGGAAAAAGCUGGCUUGAGUGCCAGGUUUGGAUCCUGAGCAGUUACACAAAGAAUUUGGCUAGAUAGUAGCUUGAAGAAUGAGAUGAGAUGUGCCUGGAGGUCUCAGCUCCCGCAAAUGUCUCAGGGUGCUGAAUUCCUAAAGUACUCAUUAAAGGACUAGGGAGAGGGGACUGUGUCAGAGGAAGACUUGUGGUUGCGAAGAUAAGCUUGAAAGCAUAGCACGUGUUUAAUGGGUGCUGAAGCCACAGCAGGUCGGUACUAGUAGUGCAACAUCCAGCAGUGCCAUCGGAGGGGCAGCACGGGAGCUGGGCUGUGUCCUCAGGCUGGAGACAUUGCACUUUAUGUGGUAUGUGCAGACCAUCUGGGAGCAUGGUCCAGUUUCCUUAAUUCUGCUGCCUUUUGGUGCUGCAAAGGUAGUUUUCCGUGCUGUUUGGGAAACAAAAUACAUGGAUCAUGCUUUACAAAGCAAGCAAAUCAACCAACCUGCAAAUGACCAAGCGCGUGUUCAGUGGUUUUAGCUGAGGUUCCUUCCCUUCAUGUCCUGGUGGUGGGAUUGCCAGGCUGGCCUCAACCACUAGAAAUUUUUUGCGUGCUACUUCCCCACCCUGCGUUGUUCUGCAGUGAGGUCCAUGCAGAAAUACACAAUUGGAGCUGAUGUGUUGCCAUGGCAAGAACUGCCACAUUGCACCAAUGCUCAGAGCAGGAUUUUUGUUUAUUUGUUUUAAAGAGAGAAGUUUUCACAGACAUCGUAAAAUUGUGAGAUGAACUCAGUGAACGCAAGCAGGUCACAAAAUCAGUGGCUUUUGAAAUGAUGCCAUUAAGGAUCUUUUUCUUCUCCUUCCUCCCCUGGAAGGAGCACACGUGUUUUGGCAAACAAAUCCUGAACAUCAGCAUCUCACUGAAUGUCAGUGACUGGUUGGUUGGAGCCUAUUUUCAGCACAGGAAAGGAGGGAGGAGUGUUUGCUGAAGUCACUGGGAAUGAGAGCAUGUUCUGGUUGCUUUGCUGCAGACCUGUUUCUGGCCGCUUUCCUGCUUUUCACGCUGCCCUGGUAGGCAGCACUGUGGAUUGGUAACAUACUGUGUCAGAGGAGAUGUGAGUCUGAACUUCUUGUAGAACUUUGCUGUUAGCAUGCAUGGGCUGAGAGGAGAUUAUCUCAGUGCCAGCACCAUGCAAUAACACUCAAGUUUGGGGUUCUUGUGGAACGAACACUUUAUGAGCUGUUGUUGAAUGCUUUCCAUGAUGGUUGUGCUCAGGGUUUUGCAGGGUUUCCAUCUCCAUUUGGCUGCAGAGGCAGCAAGAGCUGCCCAAAUCACAGUGUUUUUUUUUGGAAACAGACUUAGCACUUCUGCCACACCAUCCCUCUGCAGACAGGGCCGGAGCCUGCGCCCGCCAUGGGGUGUGGGCAUGGGUUAAUGCUCUCCUUCUGACUUCUCUUUGGCCUUCUUUGAAAAUUUGAGCAAGAAGGUAAUCCAUGAGUGAGGCAAGCAAGGGAGAGCUUCGGGGAUUAAAGCAAGAAGUAGAGGUGGGUAUGGAAAGAAGCUUAAAUUGUACAAAAAGAGAAGAACUAAUGAGGCUUACGGGAUGUUACAGACACAAGCUCAGGCCUUGUUUUCUUUCCAGUGAUGCAGAGAGCAGCAGGAGUGCCUUACAAGUUGGUUCUUGGUUUUGUGCUUCUGCCUUCUUAUGGCUUCUUUGCAUUACGUUCUGCUGUCAUCUUUUUGGAGGACAGUGGUUAGAUUUUCUUGCUUUUGGGGAGAAUCGAUUAUGUGUAAGAAGCUACUCAAAAAUAAAUUCUUCAGAGACUUUUUACUGGAGCAGAAUUGCUCAACAGGAGAUUUCUGACGUGCCAAAAGGCGACAUGAAAUAAUCAAUUGACCUUGUAAGAGGCGACUGGGACACAUUCCCUCAGGGAGAUGUUUUUCAUGUGUAUAAACCAGCCUUGAUUUUUUUUCAACCGAGAUCCCUCCUACUCACCAGAAACAGGAGAAGAAAAAACCCAGAUGAAAAACAUAAGAGGAUUUAGACAAAUAUUCCUCAGUAAGACGUCGCUGUAAUGAGUGGUUCCCCUCUUCUGCAGUUCUGAAGUAUUGCUCAAGAAGCAUUGUUACAAUUUGUUCAUCUGGACGUGCUAUGAAGCAGCCCAAGGGGGAUCAAGGAAGUCAGAAAGGCCAAUACUUGUAAUGACUCUGUGCAGAAAACAGGGAGUAUGUGGAAUAAAGCAUGUGGGAGGAGACAGGAGGAGGUAACUGUCAAGUACGCUUCAUCAUGCUUAAGGUGUCCUGAUGGCACACGUUUACACUGGUAAGGAAGAAAUGAAUGGGAGGUUUUGCCAGUUCUUUCUUCUUGUUGUCACUGACAGUUUAUUCCUUGGCAAGUAAUAAUCUGUCUGGGUGAAACAUUGUCCCUCUGUGGUUUGGGAGUGUAAAGGACGUUCCAGGCAGAUGCCAAAGCAUCUGAACUUUGGCUGUUCCAAAUCAGAGUUGGGUUUGGAAAUAGGGACUGGUUUGUUCUGAAUCUUGUGAUGUUUGAAAUGAGAAAUGGAAGAAACAAAGCGUGUCCUUCUCUAUGCUCUCUCUGUGGCAGAAGUCUGUGAAGGUGUGGAUCGUGCUAGUCUGAUCCUAUUUCCAGGUGUCUCUCUUGACUGUAUUUAGUACACGAUCAGGUCUUCUGGAACUUCAUUUCCUACCAGAAAUGCUUUUCACUCCCUUCUGCUUUUUGUCAAAAAGAAGCACUGUUUUUUUUUUCAACUGAUUUUAAAUAAUUUGUGAGUGAUCCAGCAAUCAUCUCUUCUUCAUAUUUCACAGUGAAAUGAAAACACAGAGACACUCCCAUGCUGCCAAAUCCUACUCCUUCCCAGCAGCAUCAUCUCAGGCUGUGCUCGCCCUCCACUGCCCCACAUUGGCAUCUUUUCCUGGAGCUCCCAUCCUCAACCCUGGGACACUUCUUGCCCUCACUGCAUUCAGGGCUGCAUUCUGAGCCCUGCUGCACUGGCGCACACACACAGGCUGGCAGAUUUUGUGCAAAUGGAGAAAUGUGACUCAGAGGAAUCCUGUUAGGUCAAUUUAUCUGCUAUAUUCCUGGCCUCUGGAGGACAAGAAUAUACCUGGAAGUCAGAGAGUCUUACUCAGGUGGUUUUGCAGCAGCCUGGUAGCAAAAGUCCUGUGAAGAAGAAACUGAGGGCAGAGCUCGGGCACUCACAGAUCUAUCAUGUGCUGCUCGUCACAUUGGAGCUUGCAGAAUUCAUGCCCCAAAAAGCAGUGCCUGACUCUCCUCUGUCCCCUCCAUUCUGCAGUGCUGCCAUGGGAAGCAGGAGGUAACACUGCAGUGGGGGGAGUGCUUCUGACCCAGCCAUGGAAACCCAGCAGUGUGUGACAAGGGGGAAGGAUUGCAUUGUGCACCCAGGGUCUGGCGUGAACAAAGGUCCUUUGUGGCCCUGCCAAGGCACAGCAAAGCAUUGCAGUGUGCAGAGGGCAGUGGCUCUGUCCUAUGACAGAUCAGAGCAGCAGAGGGUGCAGGGGAAAGGGAAAAGGAGCUCUAUUUGGUCCCAUGAUCCCUGGGGCAAAAUGCAUUUCUUUGCUAUCCUGCCUGGUAGGCACCAGGAGGGACACUGAGUAAACUGCACAUACUCUCUGUAAUCUCAGUGUAGCGCAGAGCAAGGCCCAUUCCCCAUCAGUUAGCACGGGUUUGAAAGGCUUUUAACUCUGUGCUUGGGUUUUCUUAGAAGAGUUGUAUGUAUAAUCUGUGAUUAUCCUCAAGAAAAUAAAUGUUCAUCUUUAAUACAAGGUUAUUAGUUGCAUAUUAGCAUAUUAGUUGGAUGACAAGUUAGAACGGUGGUACAGAACAAGAAUGUGUUAUUUCAUGAAUAACUUAAGAUCCAAACAACUAUUAAUUUUAAGCUUUAGAUGGAAUAGACAUCGGGGGCAUCAGUGAUGCUUCAGCUGGCUUCUGAUGAUAGACAGGUGGCUUUUGGUCUAGUAUUAGAUGCCCUAAACCCCAGUAAACUGAGGGAAAAUGUUUUUGUGGGCUGCUAUGAAGAGGAUGCAUGCAAAUGUUUGCAAGAGUCUUCUAUUUAGUGUCUCUUUACCUCUUUUGCUGAAGGUGUUGUAGGUCCUCUGUCUCUAUCACACAUAGGAUUAUACUAAAGCAAAGUCUUUUAUGUGGUAUGAGUUUUGGGUGGGAUAAUUGAAUACAUGUUGAAAACAAAGUGCUGAGGUAAAAAUGGAAGCCAGAAAGGUGGAAAUGAUGUGCAGAAGUGAUCUAAAUGGGAAUUGCAGGAGAUGAAAGACAGAGGUAUAAUAAAACAACUUCAACAAGACAGCAGGUAUAAUAAAACAACUUCAGCAGACAUGAUGUGUGAUAAUGGUGAUGGAAAACAGUGGCUGUGCAUCUUAUAGAGGGUCACUCCUUCAGUUUUUGACCUCAGAGCUGACCAAGGAACUGAUUAAAGGAUGAUGUGAUACACACUAGGAACACUCAGUUUGUAUUAACAAUAGCAGGAGAAAGGCUGUCCUUGACGGAAAGGUGUUGGGACAGGCAUGGGUCAGCUUCAGGAUUUUCAGGGCUUCCAGGGCCAGCAAGAGAAAGCAAGUAUAUUGAAUGAGAUGUUGUCAUGAGAAGGUCAUUGUCACAUGGAACAGCCCCCCUAAAAUAUUGGAUUUUCAAGAAUUUGGCCAAAAAAGAAAAAGGAAGAGUGAGAGCUGUAACGUUCAAGCAAAGGAAGACCAGGAGGAACUGUUGCAGCCUGGAUAGCCAUGUGUUUCUGCAGCUGCAGAAGAGCUUCCUCUACACUUUCAGCUUGUGUGAGGACUGAGGGAGGCUUGGCACCAUCAGAAGCAGAGGGCUUCUCUGCAGCCUACAUGCAGAGCCAGGUGUCUCUGCUGUUGGGCCUGAUGAGUGGUUUCUAAGGGAAGGCAGAUACACAUAGGUCUGUAGGUCAUGCCUUUGAUCUUCAGAUGCUUGCUUCCUGCCAUGAGUCCGCUGGGGUGUGAGAGUUGGGGUGUUUUGAGACUUUGGUACUCAUUCACUGGGAUCUAAACUAAAAGUCCCAGCCGCUUUGGCAUAGGCUGUUAAAUAUCAUUAACUUGUGAGUCGAGAGGAUGAUCUGAAUUUACAGAAGGAUGGAACGGUACCCUGGAGCACAGACAUUUUGGGUGUGAUUUCCAGCCCUGCUUACUUCCACAUGAUCCUGGGUAGGGCAUGAUUUCUUGCAUUGUCUCUACCCUAUUGCAUUUGACAGCACCAAGCAGUACAUUGGCUUGGCCAUUUAAUGAAGCCUCAGCCACAAUGUCUUCAUGCCUUAAUUGCCCAUCUGAGCCAUGGGAAUAAUGGUGCUGCCUCAAUUCACAGCCCUAGUGUGAGGAUUCCUCCUCAACAACUGUAAGGCUGCCAGACGGUGGGCUGAUGGAUCCUCUGAACACCGUAGGUCAUUAACUACCCAAGGCAUGAGGGGAAGGAACCUAGGAAAGCUACCUGUUUUACAUAGUCGACAUCAUGUGAUUCCUUUUUGAGAAGAAAAACCUCCAAAAGAGGAACUACAUUUUAUCGUGGUGUAAAGUGAGUCCUCUCUUGAAACAAUCGGUCCUUCAAACAGGUAGAGCAUUUGAAAAUUUAAGAUGUGACAGGAUGAGAGUGAGCCUUAUGUACACCAAGAUACACAGCAGGGGGCUUGGAACUAGAUGAUCUUUAAGGUCCCUUCCAAUUUAAGCCAGUCUGUGAUGCCUUUCUCGUGGCUGGGAAUGGCAGAGAGGUGACCUGCUGAUCUUACAGCGGGUUAUUGUCUCUGUCUCGGUUUGGAGAGGGGGCACCAGCUAUGGUUGGAGAGAAGAAGUUGCAUCAGAUUUAAGCAAUAAACUGUAUUUUGCCAGCAAUACUGGGGAAAAGAAGAUGUCUCAGUGCUUCAUCGGUAUCACAGAAAUCUCUUAAGAAGAAAUCCACAUUAGGAAACAAACUCCAUCACCUGCCAGCAGUUUAGGGUCAUUCACCUGAACUUGGCUAGUGAGCAGCUGAUCUCACGUGACCGUGGGCUGCCAACCUGACAGAAGCAUGUGUGAUGGGGUCUGUUUGCACCCCCAGACCAAUAUGUGCCAUUUCAGUGUGGGUCACCUGAGUUUUGCCUCCUGAAUUCAUUAGAGUAUCUAACCAUAGAUAACCGUUGAGUUGGGCCAAGAGCUGACUCUUCAUCUGCUUAAAGUUGGCGCUUUCUGGAAGUGUUUGGAGCAUCAGGUUUGUCUGACAUCCUUUGGCUUCGUCUGGAGGACGCUGAGUGUCCAGGCUCUGUGAAAACCUGGCUGGCAGUUCUUGGGGUGGUUUGGUUUUGAAGGCGUGUUGAAGUUCCUGCUUCCGGAAAUCUCAAGGUAGAACAUUUCUGUUCAUCACUGUGCAUGUCACGUGCUUUGUACCUCAAAAUCCACGGUAACUUAUGACACUGUAACUCAGGACUUUCCAUUUGGAUUAUGAAUAUUUUCAGGUGUUAAGAUUAUAAGCUAAGACCUAAUGUUGUAAAAUGGGAAAUUGUUCUGAAGCCUUUUGUGGUAGUGCCAAGGUUCAGACUGCAGUGUCAGUCUGAAAGGUGUGAAGUGAUAGCCACUGAGUUUGAUAGAGCAUAGGCAAGUGAAAGUGGAAAUGGGAGCAGGAGAGAAGAACAGCAUGGUGUAGGGGGCAAGGUUAGAGUCAUUCCGUGGGAGGAAGAUGUUACAUCAGUCUGUUUGUAGCGUUUUCUCCUCUGAUCUCCUCAUCUGGGAACGUGAAGAUACGCAGAGAAGCCCUUGGGGGUGGGGGAAAAGGGAAGAGGUGCAGUGAGUCACCAGCAUUAUAAAUCACAAACCAUCUGCGUUUUUCUACCACAUCUUGAAUGAGUCAAAGAGGGAGGUGUGCAGCUAAAGACACGCAGGUUACUAAUGUUGUGUGUUCCUCAUUGAGCUCCUUCCUCUCUUCUGGAAACUCCGUAGACUCCUUCAGUGCUGCUGCUGUGUUGGGUGAGGAUGAUCCAAGGGAUGCUCCACGUGCCGGACACAUAGUGUUGGUCAAACAUCCAGUGUCACGCAGCAAAUGUGAGCUGAUGGUCACAGUUGGGGCUGAAAUCCUUUAUUAAACAAAACAAAAGUCAAGUGAAGAAGGAAGGUUGGAACCGUUCACAAGAUCUUUCAGUUUAUUGCUCAACCUGUCAUAGAAGUCACCUUCUGGGAGCGCAGCCUGGGCUGCCAUGGCUAGCAAAAGAAAGUCAACAACUCCCUGUAUGGUGCGAACCUCUGAAGUGAUGGAGCAGGAAGUCCCAGAGGGUGCAGAAACUGCUAAAGAGAAGGGGCCUGGCACACCACAGCAGGAUGCUAAAAAAACUUGGCCUUCAGAAAGCUCAGUGAAAGAGUGUGAAGUGGUCGAGGCUAAGCCCUCUGCUGAAAAUCCAUCUAAGAAACCCCAGGGUGGUUAUGAGUGUAAAUACUGCCCUUACUCUACACAGAACUUAAAUGAAUUUACAGAGCAUGUUGACACUCAGCAUCCGAAUGUCAUUCUCAACCCCCUGUAUGUCUGCGCUGAAUGCAACUUCACAACCAAAAAAUAUGAUUCUUUAUCUGACCACAACACAAAGUACCACCCCGGAGAGAGUAACUUUAAACUGAAAUUAAUUAAACGCAAUAACCAGACUGUUUUAGAGCAGUCCAUUGAGACCACCACUAAUGACGUCACUGUCACAAGCAGUGGGGUGGAAAGUGCAGAGUGUGAGGAUUCACUUCAUGGGGGAAUUAGUGUGAGUAAAACACCAAUGAUGAAAUUGGGAAAGCCUAAAGGGGAAACCAAGAAGGGUCCCAAAAAGCCAGAAGAGGGAGUUUCAGAAAACCAUGUGGAUGGUUCUCUCCCCCGCAUCAUAACUGAAGCCACUGAAGCUAUCGCAUGUAUAAAUGGAGACCUUCUCCAGGAUGUGUUAGCUCAUGUUAUGCCCUCUGUACAGCUACCACCAAAUAUUAACCUUGUACCCAAGGUCCCGGUACCUCUGAACAGUACCAAAUACAACUCUGCACUGGACACUAAUGCAACCAUGAUCAACUCCUUUAACAAAUUUCCUUACCCCACGCAAGCAGAGUUGUCGUGGUUGACAGCAGCAUCAAAGCAUCCUGAAGAACAGAUCCGAAUCUGGUUUGCUACGCAACGUUUGAAGCAUGGUAUCAGCUGGUCACCUGAAGAAGUAGAAGAGGCAAGAAAGAAGAUGUUCAAUGGUACUAUCCAGGCAGUCCCCCAAACCAUCACUGUCCUGCCAGCUCCUUUGACAACUGCAAAAAUUCCCCCUCCUAUCAUACAGACAGCUUUGCCUUGUCAGAUACUGGGCCAGACUGGCCUGGUUUUAACUCCCGUUUCAAAUGGGUCAGCAGUUUCCUGUUCACCAAUCACACUUGCUGUUGCCCCAAACCAGGGACAAAAGAGGACAAUACAGACCCUGUCAAACAUCCCAGAGGCCAAGCGACCCCAUGUAGUUCAGGUGCCUGAGAGUCCUGCCAAGCUGACUGCUGUACCAUUGACACCUGCCAGCGAGCGAAAAAAGACCAAGGAGCAAAUAGCAGAGCUGAGGGCCAGUUUCAUAGCAAGCCAGUUUCCCGAUGACGCGGAAGUCUAUCGACUGAUAGAGGCAACAGGGCUCUCCAGGAGCGAGAUCAAGAAGUGGUUCAGUGACCACAGGUACAGAAGUCAGCGGGGCAUCGUGCAAGUCGCUGGUGAUGCUUUAGGGAAGGAUCCAAUAGCACCUCCACUGGGCCGACACAGCCGCUCAUUCCACCCAUAUGCAGAUUAUGCACCCCAAAGGUUCAAAGAGAAAAGCCAAGAGCAGCUUAGGGCCCUUGAGGAGAGUUUCCUACGAUGUUCUUUUCCGACCCAGGGAGAACUGGACAGGCUUCGAGUGGAGACGAAGCUGAGCAGGAGAGAGAUUGAUUCCUGGUUCUCCGAGAGGAGAAAGAUAAGGGACAGCAUGGAGCAAGCUGUCUUGGACUCAAUGGGAUCGUACCGAAAAAUUAAGGAACAAGGAACUCCUAAUGGUGCAAUAAACCAAGCGGAACUGAUGAACAGCUCCCAGCUCCCCGGUGCUUUAUCAGGAUCCUCUGCCACACUUAAGAAAACCCAGGAGCAAAUUCAUCUACUGAAAAGUACAUUUGCAAGAACCCAGUGGCCAACACCACAAGAGUAUGACCAGCUAGCAUCCCAGACUGGGCUCACAAGAACUGAAAUCGUUCGCUGGUUCAAGGAAAACCGGUCCUCGCUAAGAUCGGGGUUGCUUAAAUGGGUUGACCAGUACCAGCAGCAGUAUGCUGAUGGCCAUAACGAGCAGAAUCAGAAAAAGGGAUCAAAACUCACUGAGAGUCCAAAGAAUGGUAAUGAGGUGUCUCGGCAGCAUUACCAGGAGCACAGAAAGCUAAAUGAAGAGAACUCGGGAAAGCUGGUGGUGAGACCAAAAAGAGACUGCGAACCACUGAAAGACUCUUUGUUGGGGAAUCAAGCAGAGGGUACAGACAGGUUGGAGUGCAACAGCCGAGACGGACGCGAGGAGAAUGAGGGGCCGGUGGAGGUCAACUGGGUGGAGGUGACUGUGGGCGAGGAUGAUGCUGCGUCAGACUGCACGGACACGUGGAGCCAGGCAGCACCUGAGGGCCAGGCAGAGCUGGCAGACUUUGACACUGAAAGUAUAUCUGGAGAAAAUGCCCACGUAUAGACAGGGAUACUCAUCAGCUGCACUGUCCUGACAAUGAAGGGGAAAUUCUGUCUGGAAAUAGAACAUCUAUUUUCCUGCCUGGGGUGAGACUGCGUGUUGCAGCUCCACGUCUCAAAUCGUGCCUGCGGAGGCACAGUGAGAAAUCCUCUGGUGGAGCGUCGUCGUGGGGUUGUUAUAGUGCCAAAGUCCUACUACUGCAUUGAGAAAGAAAAGAGAGAAAGAGAAAAGGGUCCUUGUAUAUAGGUUACUCCUCAGCUUCUUUCCUACCCACUUUCCUGCCCAGUCUCUUCCUGUACUGGAACAGAUUUGUACAAUGUGGAAAUUUUGUUAACUUUUUAAUAGUGCGAGUUAUUCUUGCAUACAAUGCCAUGGGAAAAUGUUAGGGUUGGUUAUGGGGAGGGAAGUGUGUUUUGUGGGGAGGAGGGAGAGGAGAUCUUUUCUGAAUCACUGAAUCCCAUUAUGGCUGAGGCUGGCAGGGACCUUGGGGUCCACAUGACCUACCUUGAGCUCCAGUAGGGACACCCAGAACAGGGAGCCUAUAGCCUCUUCCAGGUGGCUUCUGGAGACCUCCAGGGAGGAGAGCCCACAGCCUCUCUUAAGCCUUUGAAGAAAGUUUUGCAAUUUUUUGGAAUCUCUUUGGUGCCAAUCAACAUCCGAUCCUGGAUUCCCACCCCACAGCCGUUUACAUUUCAGCCCACACAGUGCGCUAUGGGUUUGGGGAGGGUUGGGUCGGUCUGGUUCGGUUGGGGCUUUGGGUUUUUUUUCCCAUUUUGACUUUGUUUUAUGGCCAUCUGCUACUGAAGUAUUUAAAUCUCUGCUUUCCUGUGCUCCUCUGAAGCGCGCCUUCUCCAGCUCCCGUGCUCCACUCCUCACAAAGAGGGCUGGGCCGCAGCUCUCCGAUGAUCUUGCUGGAACACCUUCUUUUUUUUUUUUUUUCUGUUUGUUUGUUUGAUUUUAGCACUUUUUGUUUGAACACGUAGUAAAACCCCCAGAGGGGUUGGGGUGACAAAACGAUGAUGCUUCAUAACCUGAACUUGUUUGCCUUUCUUCAGCUGGCACAGAGAUGGACAACAGAAACAAACGUCCAUCCUCCGGUUCUAGAAGCUGUAGCACACAACUGACAUUUCCAAUUAACCCUUGCCACUAAAUUGUUAGAUCAGUUCUAGAUCCCUGAGUGCACUUGUUUUCAAGUACUGCUAGUUUUCCUUUGUGUGGGUGUCUGCGUGCGGGUCUGAGGAGGAGCAGCGUGGGUGCGGGAGCGCAAGCUGGCUGCGUUGCCCAGCCCUACCCCUGUGUCAGCACACUGCACAAGUACAAUGCUAGGGAGUUUGAAUAAAUCCUACUUUUCUAACUUGUUGCUCAUUUGUUGUAACUCAAUAAAACAAAGGCUAGACAUUUUGGUAACCUUUUUCUCGUCUCUUUUUUUUUCUUAAUUGAAAACAAAUGUUGGCCUCUUCCCACUCUGCACUGCAAACAGGAGCUUGGUGGCUUCAGAGCUGCAAUUUGGGUUUGUGGUAAUCAGCAAACACCAGCCAGAUGAAAAUGAAUGGCUCGGCCCACUGCAGAUAGUUGGUUUCCUGACGUCAGAUUGUUGUUUCCCACAUGAAAGUGCCUGGGAAUGGGGAACCAAGCCUCUGUCCCCUGCUUGGGGUACUUGCAGGGUUUGGGAGCAGCGUCUACGAUACCAGCAUCUAGAGGUGCCAUGCCAGGGCACAGGGCUGUGCCAGGGGAGUCCCUUACCCCUGUGUGUGCUGCAGCAGCACUGUGGCUGAAAUUUAAGGCAAGGAAAGAACCCCGCUGCUCAGCAGCACCUGCGGCCUAUUGGUGAGCACAUACCUGGGCUGUGCCACUGACCACAGCAGUAUACGAGGCAGCCCAGGGCAACGCUGCCUGGUGGAGCUGGAUUUCCCCCACAGCCCCAUAGGUCCCCACAUGGGCUGUCGGGUGGAUGGAUGCAAGUGUCAGGUGGCAAAAGAGAAAAUGUCUCUGAUGCCUUUCCUCUGGGGCUGCAAGUUGUAACAGAAUCUAAUUGCCACUUCUGCUUGCUUUGCUUACAUGAAAGGAUGCUAAUAUUUUAAUUGCCCUUGUGCACAGUUUUGAACAGCCUCUUGGCAGCUUAAUAUUCCAGUUUGCGUCUCUCCUGGCUAAUGUGCGUGUAAGGAUGUGUGUCUGGAGUGCUGACCUAUUUUGUUUAACCAGCAGUGCUCCAUGGAUCUCAGGAGCUCUCAGCAGAACAAGACCCACCUGUGCUUUCAGUGUUAGCACAGCACCAGUCACAGUGGGGUUGGGGCCAAGACCAGGGCCCUGGAAGAUCGGUGCAAUUCAGCCAGAGCAACAGUGGAAGCCCUGGAAAUUGUUAUUGCAGAGAUAACAAAGUCGGGGCUCUCCUGCAGCAAACAAACUUUGCUUGCAAAACAGUACAACUUCGCCAGCCUCAGAUGGAAGCAGAUGGGUUUGUAUGAGCAGGUCAUGGUUGGGACCAAGACUUCAAAUGCAAAGGUUCAUCACAGAAAACUGAUCCUGUUUCCUCUUUAGGAACAUCCCAGUGCUGCACGAGCACUGCUUUCAAGUGGAUGCCUGAGCAAGUUUGCAAAACGGGCACCAGAAGCAGGCUUCAUUAUAAUUAGGAAUGCCACAGCGACUGCGUCUCCAGGAGAGGGCAAGGCACAAUCAGGGCGCUGUUUGUGCUCUGCAGUGACCGGGGAUGUCCUUGGGCACAGAAUUUCAUUGCACAUGGAUGGAAGCAGGCUGCUGACGGAUUUCCCUGUGCAGCACUCUGCCUUCCCUCUACAAGGCCUGUCUAGGGCAGGCAUUUGUGCUAUGCUAUUUUAUUUUUAAUGAUGUUGCUUGUAAAAAAAAAAAAAAACCCACACUCAGAAGACAGGAAUGAAUUGAAUGAAGCAAUCCAUGCUUUCUUGAUGUCUCCUUGUACGCUGACAUGAGGCUGUUCUUUCUUUACAUGCAUACACAACUUUCCUGCCUGUUCAAUAAGACGCUUGGAACAGGCUGCCCAGAGACAGGGUGGAUUC